AGUUCGCGUAAUUUCGGGUAGUAAGCAAAACAAUUCUAGACUUUUACAGCUACACAAACUGGAAAGGAUAUAAAGUAACGUACAUAUCAAAGUAGAAGAAAAUGACUCUCUCUCCAACUGUAUUGUGGGCUCAGACCAAGGAGGCUCUAUAUUUGACCGUUGAGCUUUCUAAGGCUUCAGAUGUCAAGUGCGACUUUACUGAUGACUCCGUUACCUUUUCUGCAUCAAAGGAUGGCAAGAACUACGCCUUUUCCUUCAAAUUUUCCAAGCCAGUCAAGUCUUCCGAGGUUCAGCGUUUUGAUGAGCGCUUCAUAAGGUUCAGAGUACCAAAAGCUGAGAGUGAAUCCUGGACUUCACUUAACUCUUGCGGAAAGAAGCAUUACAUUAAAUGUGACUGGGACAGAUGGGUUGACUCUGAUGCUGAGGAUGACCUUCUCAACGACGGAUUCAACAUGCCAAACUUUGGAGAUUUCGGUGACCUGAACGACUUUGGAGACAUGGGAGCUGAGGAGGGAGACCUUGAAGAUUCUGAAGAAGAUGAGCCAGAUUCCUGCUGUGCAACAAAGUCAUGUGGUGACUCUUCUUGCAAUACAGAGUCCUGCCAUACCGGUUCUAAAUGCGCGGAGUCUCCAUGCAAUGCAGAUUGCAGCUGUGGACCAAACUGCGAUUGCGGACCAGACAAGAAAUGCUCCGAUAAGUGCACCUGUUAAUUUAUACUAUUACU